UUGUCGGGAAAAGAAGGUCUUCCCAGAGAAACUGAAGAUGUCAUGUUUGUUGUGUCAAACGGCAUUUCCUCUUUCGUGUUUGUUCAUGGCUCCCCCCAUCGGACUCUCUGUAAAAUGGUCGGUUAUUUGAGCGAACCGCCCCGUUCUUCACUCAUUUGAGGAGAGAAGCCGCUGACUUUCUUCUUCAUGCUCGCUGGCUCUUGAUGGACAUUAUAAAACUUGACAGGUAAACAACGCAAAGAGCUUUCGCGGUGUUUUCUUUCACGCGCACGAGCCACGACAGGGUUUCAUCCGCGCGCUUGUAACGGAAAUUUUUGGUACGUCAUUAAUAUGGCGCCAAAAGAGUUAUAAGUGUGAGCUUAAUGUUGCGAUCCCGCACCUCAGUCGGUCUUGUUUACGCGGAAACAAACAAACAAACAAACAAAAACAGAAUGUAAAACGCCUCAUUGGACGGAAACGAAAUUUAGACGCUAUAGAGACGGGGUUUGGACGUUAAACUCGAUGGCUUGUCACGUCACUGGAGCAGUUAGUGCGCUUCACUUUGCAGGGAUGUGAGGAAAUGCUUUCCUCAGAAACAUUUUCACGGACGACGAACAGAUGAACGUUGCUAUAAUAAGUGUGGAAACUGCGAUUUUAGCAACUCGACGGACCGCGGCGCAGGACGCCAUUUAAUGUGGAUUAAACCCGCCGACUGUAACUUUUAUUCGGGCUGUGGAGGGGAAAUCAUCUGUCACACGGAUGCUGAGGGACAUACAUGUGCCUGGCCUCAGAUGAUCAUGAUCCGCUGAUUUCUGUGCAUCGAGGACAUCACGCCCUCUUGUGCAAACCGCAAAUAAGAUGGGGAGUGAGAUGAAGAGGAGGAAGUACUCCACCAGCAGCAACGACUCGGACACCACUGACAGUCAUGUGACCACCUGGUCACGGUCUUCGAAGAACACGGGGACCAGCAGCACAUGGGUCCGCCAUGAGCAGAAGAAGCCCUCUGAGGUGUUUCGGACCGAUUUCAUCACCGCCAUGAAGUUGCCUGAUUCGGCCCAGCUGAGCCCGGAGGAGUUCUACUUCCUGUCGGACCCCUGGAGGCAGGAGUGGGAGAAGGGUGUGCAGGUGCCGGCCAGCGUGGAGGCCAUUCCCCUGCCGGUGGUCAGGGAGCUUCCCGAGGUCAGUCGGAUCCCGUUCUUCUCGCCGGUCCCGACCCGGGGCCAGUCAGAGUUCGGCUUCGGAGAGUCACAUGGUCUGGCCGAGCCGCUGAGCCGCUACGACCUGGAUGACCUGGACGUGGCCUGGCUGGAGCUGGUCAAUGCGGAGUUCAGACAGCUGGCGCUGCCGGAGCUGGACGAGCUCACCAUGGAGCAGGUUGUCCUGGAGCUGGAGAGCCGGUGUCAGCAGAACAUGCAGCGGGCCAUCGAGACGGAGGAGGGCCUGGGCAUCGAGUACGACGAGGACGUGGUGUGUGACGUGUGCCGCUCGCCCGAGGGGGAGGACAGCAACGAGAUGGUGUUCUGCGACAAGUGCAACGUUUGUGUGCACCAGGCGUGCUACGGGAUCCUGAAGGUGCCGCAGGGGAACUGGCUGUGCCGGACCUGUGCUCUCGGGGUGCAGGCCAAGUGUUUGCUCUGUCCCAGACGAGGAGGAGCGCUCAAACCCACUCGCAGUGGAACCAAGUGGGUCCACGUCAGCUGUGCCUUAUGGAUCCCUGAGGUGAGCAUCGGCUGCCCUGAGAAGAUGGAGCCCAUCACUAAAGUCUCCCACAUCCCAGCCAGCCGAUGGGCCCUGUACUGCAGCCUGUGCCGCGAACACACAGGCACGUGUAUACAGUGCUCCAUGCCAUCCUGCGCCGUGGCCUUCCACGUGACCUGUGCGUUCGACAACGGGCUGGAGAUGCGCACCACUCUGGCGGAGAACGACGAGGUGCGCUUCAAAUCGUUCUGUCUGGAGCACAGCAGUGUCUCGCGCUUGAACAGCGGCGCGAGUGCAGAGCCGCGCCUGGACCUCCCCGGGAUGCUCUCGGACCGCCUGAAGCAGGAGCAGGCCGAGCGGGAGAAAGCCAGCCAUCGCAAGCAGAAGCUGCAAGAGCUUGAAGAUGAGUUCUACACAUUAGUGGAUCCCAAGGAUGUGGCGGAAAGCCUUUCGCUGCCGGAUGCUCACGUGGACUUCCUCUUCCAGUACUGGAAGCUGCGACGAAAGGCCAACUUAAACCAGCCGCUGGUGGUCCUGAAGAGGGACGAGGUGGACAAUCUGGCCCAGCAGGAGCAGGACGUCCUGUACCGGCGGCUCCAGCUCUUCACCCACCUGCGCCAGGACCUGGAGAGGGUCAGAAACUUGUGCUACAUGGUCACACGCAGAGAGAGGAUCAAGCACUCCUUAUGCAACCUCCAGGAGAAGAUCUUCUCCCUGCAGAUCCAGCUCUUGGAGAAGGACCUGGUCGGAGAGAAAAAUCUAAGAGGGGAGAAGAUUCACCGCAAGGGAGUCCGGGAACGAGCCAAAGAAAGGAGGAAGAGCAGUCCAGAGAAAAAGGACAAAUGGAAACCAGACGACGGCUCUCUGUUCACGCAGCUGGGUUUCUCCAAAUCCUUCCCGCUGGACGGUUCGCUGUUCGACAGCUGGCUGGCUCGGUCGGUUCACAUCACUGCGGAUAACAUGCUGAGCCAGUGGUCUCUCUCCGGGGAGAGCGACGACCCGUCCGCCAGCCUCCUGCAGGGCGAGGAGAACCUGCUCAGCCUGAUGAUGGACCACUCCAUGAAGUCCACCUGGAAAACUCCUCAGCUGGGACGCAAAGCAAGAGGCGUGCCGCGCACCCGCCGGAAAGCCGCCUCGCUUCCUCGGACCGGAUCCACGGUUAAAGGCCAGGUUUGGUCCAAACGAGGAGAGCGAUCGCUCCACCGGCACAGCCGUAGCGAAGCCAGGCCCGACCCGCUUCAACCAGCCAUUUCCAAAAUGGACUCGUGCCACAUUUCCGAGGAGCACGGGUCUUGGGACGGCACUGGGGAUGCGGAUUCGCAGGUGCCCUUACGUCUACGCCUACCUAGACCAGGCAAGUCCCGCUCUAAGAGUGAGACUUCGCUGUUGAACAGCACAUCUGCACCGGACACCGAGACGGAUGGAUAUUUCUCCGACGCAGAACAGAGUGACACUGAAUUUCGUUCGUCCAGGCGAAAGCUACGCUUGCCCCAACUGCAUGCUGGGAAGGAGCAAGUAGUGCGGCGAAGCGUGCUCGCCUCCUAAAGCUAUUCCCGGAUGCCGCUUUAGUGUCGUCGUGUCAUCAGAACGAGGCUCGGUUUCUCAAUGCAUACGUUUCCAGACCCUCAGCUGUAAUGGCUUGUGUUCUUAUCCCUGUUUUAUCUGUCAGAGUAUAUUAGCCAGUCGCCGACAUUUAUGCAACCAUAACCAUUUGUGCUUGACAUAACAACGAGGAACAAGAAGUCGUCGAAUUGAACACUGUUGGAUGUGUCCUUUUGGGAAGCAAUAGGAUCUGUCCUGGAACCGGGACAAUGACGUGGGCAUUAUAACGUCUGUUCAGGUUGUGUUUGUUUUGAAUGAACAUGUAUGUUGUGUGUCUUCAGAGGAUGUGGCUACUUUAAAAUGAUUUACAAGAGAAAAUAUGACACAAAUAAGCACAAAUAGCCGUUGGGGAAUGUAGCACACGUCAUAUCCAUUCGCUUUGGCUAGUCUAGACGUACCAGCAUCACGAGCAGGGCCCGCUUCAGCCUGUGUGUGUGUGUGUGUUUGCCAGUGGACAGAUCUGAGCACAGUUGGGUUAGUCUAUCUCAAGUGGUCCUAAAGAGUUGGUUGCUUGGUCAUUUUUAUUUCCCCCCAGAUUUCCAUUAACUAGCUUUGUAACCAGCUAAAUCUUAAACAAAUUUUUACAGCCAAUAGAGUUGCAUAUGUGAAUAUUUAAGCAAAGUCUCUAAGUUGACGUUCUGCACGUGCCUGAUAAACCCUUUGGGAGCGUCACAGUUUCGUCA